AAAAUCCAAGAUGGCGUUCACAUUCUACAGUUUACUCGAAGCCUGUCUUUUAGUGGUAAAUGCUGUUGCGGUGCUUCACGAGGAGCGAUUUCUGGCGAAAAUUGGAUGGGGUACAGACCAGCUCUCAGGAUUUGGAGACGAAAGAGGAACAAAACACCAAGUCAUUAAUCUCAUACAUUCAGUCAGGACUGUUAUGAGAAUACCUCUUAUUUUGCUUAACUCACUUACAAUACUUUUAUUACUACUGAUGGGAUGAUCUUACAUGGCACAACAUGUCUUGAAAUACUUGGACUUCGGAGUUGUUGAAGAAAUCAGUGGGGCAUUGAAUCAGAGUAUUUUCGAAAGAAAAGAAAACUUCUCCAAGUGAAUUCACUUUUCUGAGGAUAAGGACUAAUUGAAUUGUCUACCUUGUUUUAUGGAACCUAAUAUCAACCAGUAUAGAGUAGGUAACUGCAAAGCGAUGGAGUUUUCAAAAAUUAUUUUUUCCAAGUACCUUGAUAAGAACAUUACUAUACUAUCUUGUGCUCUUAUGAUAUUAAAUUGCUAGUCAGAAUGUUCACAUAUUUAUGGCAGCAUUAAUUCAAUGCAGUCUGAUAUCUAAUAGCUUUUUUUAAAAUAAUUAAAAAAAUGUAUUAUGGCAUGUAUAUUGUACAUUUUGGCAGA